AGAGGUACAUGGGACACACAGACAACUAAAGACUAGAGUAGACACUGUGCUUCAAGUCUCAAGAUUUGUAAAGGAGGAAUUGGAUCAGUGAGGCUGAAGACCAUGGAGGGAGAUUGCCUAAGCUGCAUGAAGUACCUGAUGUUUCUUUUCAAUUUCUUUAUAUUUCUGGGAGGAGCAUGCCUGCUGGGACUUGGAAUCUGGGUGAUUGUGGAUCCCACAGGUUUCCGAGAGAUAGUGGCUGCCAACCCUCUGCUCUUCACAGGAGCCUACAUCAUGCUGGCUAUGGGAGCCAUGCUCUUCCUGCUGGGUUUCCUCGGCUGCUGCGGUGCCAUCAGGGAGAACAAAUGCCUCCUGCUUUUUUUCUUCAUGUUUAUUUUGUUGAUCUUCUUGGCAGAGCUUUCAGCAGCAAUCCUGGCUUUUGUCUUCAGAGAAAAUCUGACCAGAGAGUUUUUCACCAAGGAGCUGAAGAAGCAUUACCAGAGGAACAAUGACACAGAUGUCUUCUCUUCCACCUGGAACUCUGUUAUGAUCACAUUUGCCUGCUGCGGAGUGAAUGGACCAGAAGAUUUUGAAGCUAUCCCUUUUCUUCCAUACUCCUCUUUGGAAAAGACAACACCAGAGGCUUGUUGUCAGCGAGAGCUCCAGAGCCGGGAAGGGAUGUUCAUCGACAGGGAAGCUUGUCUCACGGGCGUCGAGAAGUUUCAGAACCGACAGGGGUGCUACACUGUGAUCCUGAACUCCUUUGAGACCUACGUGUACCUCGCGGGAGCCCUUGCCAUCGGAGUGUUGGCUAUUGAGCUGUUUGCCAUGGUCUUUGCUAUGUGUCUCUUUCGAGGGAUCCAGUAAGGAGUGGCCCAUGAACCACCAUGUUCCCCACAUGCUCAG